AUGGAGUGUGGUGAAGGGAGAGGAGAAGGGCGUGAGGGGAGAGUGAGGAACUGGGUUACUGACCACCAAGGAAAGGGGACGAAAAGGAUCAGGAAAUCCAACAGUGACAGAUCUGACAGUGAGGGAGAGGGCUAUGAGCAGCAGAAGAAUAACAGGAACAUCUCAUCCAAAUAUGACUCCAUCCCCAAACAGCUGAGCCAUUCAGGAUCUCCAAACAUCUACAAGCUUCUACCAAAGACACAGAAUAUUGGAACCCUGACUAGACUGACCUUAGGAACAAAAGAUGUGACCAAGUUGAACAAAACCAUCUUACUGGUUGGUGAAACAGGAUCAGGAAAGUCUACUCUGAUCAACUCUCUGGUCAACUACGCCAUGGGAGUGGAGUGGGAGGACAACGUCUGGUUUGACAUCAUAGAGGAGAAAAAAAGUCAACCUGAAAAUCCAGAGGAAAAGGAUGAUCAGUCCAAAAGUCAGACAUCAGACGUGGUCGUGUACGAGAUCUUUGGUUUCGAAGAUAGAACUCUGCCCUACUCUCUGACCGUCAUCGAUACUCCAGGAUACGGAGACACCAGAGGGACUGAAUGUGAUGACAUUGUUAGUGAAAGACUGCUCGACCUGUUUGGUUCAGAGGAUGGAGUCCAUGAGAUCACUGCUGUGGGUCUGGUCCUGAAAGCUACUGAGAAUCGAGUCAGUGACAGACAAAGGUACAUCUAUGACUCAGUGCUGUCUGUGUUUGGAAAAAACAUGGAAAACAACAUCAUUGCCCUCAUCACUCACUCAAACGGUAAAAAACCCAAAAACGUUCUGACGGCCAUCGAGGCAGCAAAGAUAAUGUGUGCCAGAGAUGACAGGAAACAGCCGAUCUACUUCCAGUUUGAUAACUGCCAGAAUGAAGACAGAGAUGAGGAUGAAGAAGACCCUGAUCAUGCAUCUGAAACAACCAAGAAAGGAAUGAGACAGUUCACAGAAUUUUUAGGAAGAACUGAACCUCGGAAGCUGCAGGUUACAGUAACUGUUCUUGAGGAGAGAAAGAGGCUACAAGCCUGCAUUGGAAAUCUGCAAGAACGAGUGAAGUUCAUUGAGGAAAAACAGAACGCGAUGAAGAAGAACAAGGAAGCUAUAGAUAGUCUGGAAAAAGAUAUGAAGACCAAGAAGGACAUCAAGGUGGAGAUUGAGGAAGUCUACAAAGAGAAAGAAAAGUUUGCAGGUGGGAGGAAGUGGUACGCAUUGUGGUGGAAUAGCGUAGGAUCUGUGUGCUGUGAACGGUGUGAGGAGAACUGCCACCCUGAUUGCAAUUGGUACCACUUUGUGGGCGACUGUCAUGUCUUUGAAAACAACAAGUGCACUGUAUGCACCAACAAGUGUGACGUAAAACAUCAUGUGAAAGCAGAGUGGUGGUAUGUGCAAAAGAAAAAAACAGUCCAGCGUACCCCUGAUGAAAUACUGGAAGAAAUAAAAAAGAAGCAUGCAGAAUGCAAGGAUUUGAAAAGUGUGUUGGAAAAACUUAAGAAGGAGGAGGAAGACCUUCAGAAAGAAAAGGACAAGUUGUUAGAAGAUUCCUUCCAGCAUAUUGUCAGGCUGGAGCAGAUCGCUCUGAAAGUCGACUCCUUGUCCAUCCUUGUCCACUUGGACCUCCUGAUUAAGAAAAUGGAGGAGAAAGGAAACACUGAGAAGAUCAUGAAACUGAAGGAGAUGAGAGAUCGAGUAGAUGAAGGAAUGGAGAAGGGAAUGCAGUACAAAAGAGGAACGGCUGGGGAAAAGGAGAAAACUGCAGGAAAGCAGUGA